AACUGAUGAGGAAGUGUUCACUGAUUGGUUGUUCCCGUUUGUCAUUCAACCGGCCGUCCUUCAGUUACGCAAACCUGUCAUGUCUUUCAGUUGUAGAUUUGCUUGCGAGUUUAUACAACGGUGAUAAAUUGGUAAUGUGUUGAUUUGUGGUAGUGCGUGGUGUCAGUCAUAAAGAACAAGAAAAGGGGAUGAUACAAGCGACACAAAUUUUGUGUAUAGGGUCCAGCAUCUCAAUGACAUCACAGGAGGGAGAGGGAUGGGGAGGCAUGAACCUGUCACCCCACCUACACACAGAUGAGUGUAAUGAGUUCAUAAAGCGCUUGAAGCAGUGCCACUCUGAGCAUAACGUCCUGAGGUUCUUUGGGACAUGUAAUGAUGUUGACCGUGCCAUGCGUCGCUGCCUUAAGAAUGAGGCACUGGAAAGGCGGGAGCGCAGCAAACUGCAUGCACAAGCCAUGAAAAAGAGGUUGAAAGAAGGACUCAAGGAGCAGAUCUGAAAGACACUUAUACUCCAGAUUUGCAUCCAAGUGUCCAGAUGAGAUGCGGGAAUAAGCAUGCCUUGCAGUUUUUGGGGUUUGCAAACUGUGGAUGCAAAAACAUGUUACAUCCUGCUGUAUAUGAAAAUGAGACCAACAAAAACAAUUUCAAAGUUUUUCCUACCAUUAAUGUGACCAAUAAUCAGUACAACUCCAAAGAUUGAAAACUGUUUUGAAAUUGAGUUGCACAGAUUUUGCAUCACAUAAAUGAUGAAAACAUUUUGAAA